AUGGAACACAAAGGGGGUAAUUACAGUACUGUCCAGAAAUAACCUAACAAAAACCGCGGUUAACCUAGAUCAGACCUAGGUCAGACCUAGGUCAGACCUAGGUCCAACCUAGGUCCAACCUCGGUGAAACCUCGGUGAAACCUAGGUCAGACCGAGGUCAGACCUCGGUUUGACCGACGUUAACCGCGGUUUGAGUGAGGUCUGACCGAGGUUUAACCGAGGUUGACAAAGUUUUGACCGCGUUUAACCGAAACAAAAACCGCGGUCGACCGUUGGCGAGACAGCACCGCAAUUUGUUCGUCCCGUAAUCGGAAAUUAACGAUCGUUUCCGAAUUUUCGAUUAAGCGUCUAUUUUGAUUUUUCGAAGUUGUCGGUCGCUUACAAAUUUCGAGACAAAUUUUUGUUUUAAAAUGCCGAAAUUGUCCGCGUAUGCUCGAGAGAGAGUUAUUAACCUGUAUUCCUCAGGAGAAAGCGUAACUAAGAUAACAAAAUUACUGCAAGGGGAAGGAAUAAAAGCUUCGAGAUCAGCAGUGAGCUCUUUUCUGUCUCGAUAUCGACGAACUGGCAGCAUUCAAGAUGCGAAGAGAAGUGGCAGAAAAACAAAAUUAAGCAAUGACCAUGUCAAAUUCAUUGACGAUAGAAUGAAAGAAAACGACGAGCUUACAUCGGCAGAGUUGACAGAAAAAUUGUCGAAGGAAUGCCAUGUCGAAGUGUCCGCAACCACUAUUCGUCGGGUCAAACGAAAUGUACUUGGUUGGAAAAGCGAAACUGCUCGUUAUUGCCAAUUUGUCCGCGAACCAAAUAAGAUGAAAAGAUUUAUAUUCGCUUCCAAUGCUUUGCUCAACAAGGACACGUUUGAAGACGUGAUAUUUACCGACGAGACAACUGUUCAAAUUGAACAGUAUGCCAGGAUAUGCUUCCGAAAAGAUGGCAGUCAACCCAAACGAAAAGGACGCCCGAAGCACCCUCUGAAGGUAUGUAAACAUUUUUCAAGUAUAAAAGUAUAUUAUGUAGCAUGGAUCAUUUAGUUAUUUCCCUUCCCCUCUGAAUGCAAGAAAUAUACUGGCCUGUGUCAAUAUGAAGAAAUACAGGUCACCGCCAUGCUAACCUGAAAUUCAGGCCCUAAUUUAGAAUAGGGCCUGACACAAAACCUGUCUAAACCGUGGACGCCCACAUGUUAUUUUUAGACACAGUCAUACAAUAUGAUUGACAAGUGUUGUAGAUUUCAUUGCACGAAAAUAAAUACGAAAAAUAUAAAGAUAUUCAUUUCAUGUUGGAUUAUUUGUUUUUAUAUUCUCAUGAAAAUGUUCGCAGAGUGUGCAUUUUGAUUUUUAAACUUAAAAAUUCAAGGUACUUUUAAGAGUUCAGUUUCUCUAUUUAUUAAUCUAACCGAACAGCAAACAAAGAUUUAGUCAGGUCUGUGCAAGGACUGAAUGCAAAUAGUUUUGUUCUCUGCGAUCUACUUUCCGCAAUAUAGCUCAGAUAUUCAACGCCGAUAGGACCUGAUAAUAAGACUUUCACCGAAGCCAGUUGGCAGAAUGGCAAAGACAUCUUGGGCCUUGGCUGUCAACAACAAAUUUUUAGUAAUUUCGCUGCAGCAUAGAAAACGAUUUUCCUUUAGUUUGAGUAAGAACUGAAAUAUUUUGACAGGAACUAAAAGUUUCGAUCACAUUGAGUUCAAACUCAAAGAGUUCCUGCUCCAUAAACCGGCAGUAUUUUCUCAAAUUUCUGUAUCUUCACUCUUUUAACAAACUACAAAUAAACCCAUGCCAUAUUUAUACCCAAUAUAUGCCAUUGAACCAUAUAAUAACCGUGGAGUAUUUGUUCUUUAAAUUAUAGGUGCAUGUAUGGGGAGGAAUUUCAAAUCGAGGUGCAACUUCUGUUUGCAUUUUUACUGGAAUUAUGGAAAGCAUUGGGUAUCAAACUAUCCUGGAAAGAAAUUUACUUCCAUUUAUAAAAAAGACCUACCCUGAUGGCCAUAGAUUAUGGCAGGACAAUGACCCAAAGCACACAAGUAAUUCUACAAAAGAUUGGUUUAUACGAAACGGAAUUAACCAUUGGAAAGCACCACCUGA